AUGAGGGUCUCGGAAUGUUGCAACAUCGUGGCCAGGCAAGAUGCUGCCGGUAUUGUUACCUGCGGAAACAAGGGCCGUCUGUACCAGAUCAAGGGCAACGGCAUGGUCCGUGAUGUUUUUGAUCAGCCCAAGCUGGAGCAGCUUAUCGGAAGCAUGGGUGUCGGUCAUGAUCGUACCGUACACGCCGACACCAACGACACCAACGACACCAACGACACCAACGACACCAACGACACUAACGGCAACAACGGCAACAACGGCAACAACGGCAACAACGACAACAACGACAACAGCAAUAUCAACAACAAACACAACCCCCCCAACUUCAUUCGUUACCCUACUGCCGGAUCCUCCUCGACCUCGGAGGCCCAGCCCUUUUACGUCAACAGCCCUUACGGCAUCGUUUUUGCCCAUAACGGAAACUUGGUCAACGCUGACGACCUCCGCGCUUUCAUGGAUCAAGAUGCCCAUCGCCACAUCAACACCGACUCGGACUCGGAGUUGUUGCUCAACAUCUUUGCUGAUAACUUGCAGAAGACUGGCAAGGUCCGUAUUAAUGAGGAGGAUAUCUUUACUGCGAUCAAGGGCAUCUACGACGUCUGUCAUGGAGGAUAUGCCUGCGUUGCCAUGAUUGCUGGAUUCGGUAUCAUUGGUUUCCGUGAUCCUCACGGCAUUCGCCCCAUCGGUUUCGCCAAGCGUCAGUCGCCCAAAGGAACCGACUACAUGUUCGCCUCAGAGAGUGUUGUCUGCGACGGAUGCAGCUUCUCGGACUUUGAGGACCUCAAGCCCGGUGAGGCCGUCAUUGUGAACAAGAACUCGACUGUCACCAGGCGCCAACUGGUCCCCAAUGCCUCGUUCUCGCCCUGCAUCUUUGAGUACGUCUACUUUUCCCGCCCAGAUUCAAUCAUUGACGGAAUUUCGGUUUACAAGUGCCGUCUCGCUAUGGGCGAGGCCUUGGCUGACCAGGUCUUGGAGAAGAUGGGCCCCGACCACGAUAUUGAUGUCAUUAUUCCCGUUCCUGACACGAGUCGUGUAGCCGCUUUGCAGACUGCCUACAAGCUGGAUAUCACCUACCGUGAGGGCUUCAUCAAGAACCGUUACAUUGGACGCACCUUCAUCAUGCCCGGUCAGGCCAUGCGCAAGAAGACUGUUCGCCGCAAGUUCAACGCCAUGUCGCUUGAGUUCGCUGGCAAGAACGUUUUGAUCGUCGAUGAUUCCAUUGUUCGUGGUACGACUUCGAAGGAGAUUGUGCAAAUGGCUCGUGAUGCUGGCGCCAAGAAGGUCUACCUUGCGUCUUGCGCCCCUGCUAUCCGAUACCCCAAUGUCUACGGCAUUGACAUGCCUUCUCCUCACGAGCUUGUCGCGUACAACAAGAGCGAGGACGACAUUGCCAUUGCCCUCGGUGCCGAUAAGGUCAUCUUCCAGAACCUCGAGGGGUUGAUCGCAUCGUGUGAAAAGUUCAACCCCAGCAUUACCAAGUGGGAUGCCUCAGUCUUUGACGGCAAAUACGUCUCCGGCAAGGUCGAUGAGGCCUAUUUGGCCCAUUUGGAGAGCUUGAGAGCUGAUGGAAAGAAGGGCAAGUUUGAGGACCUCCAGAGUCCUGAGACCUUGGGACUUGUCAACUUCAACUUGCAACUGAAGUAA